AUGUCCUUCUUGAGGAAUUACUUCGGCACCACUGCCCCGGCCCCAGAGCCUACCCCAGCAAAGGAGGGCAAGACUCCCGUCCGAGCUCUCCCUGCUUCCUGGUACACUUCUCAGGCCAUGUACGAGUUGGAGCAGCGUUCAAUCUUUGGACGCAAGUGGCUUCUUACCACCCACAAGGCCCGCGUUCCCAACCCCGGUGACUGUGUCAAGUAUGACGCUGCUGGCUAUGAGUUCCUCGUCGCCCGCGAUUUGCAAGGAAACGUCAGUGCCUUCCAUGCCAAUGACCUUCUCCCCGCCCAUACCCACAUCGAUCUCAAUGGCUUCGUGUGGGUCAACAUGGACGCUAGCGAAACACCUGAGGUCGCCUGGAAGGACGACUUCGAUGGUGUGGAUGAGCAGCCCCGAUUCCAGUACUACAACUUCGAUGAGUACAACUUUGACCACACCUGGGACAUGGAGGGAGAAUUCAACUGGAAGAUUCUCGCCGACAACUACAACGAGUGCUACCACUGCCUUGUUGCCCACCCUGACAUCCCCACAAUUGCCGAUCUGAACUCCUAUUACGUCAAGACAAAGGACGGCCACAUUCAGCACUACGGUGCCGCCCGUCAAGACCAGAUCGACAAGGGAUUCCGCAUCGCAACCACCUACUUCUGGCCCAACGCCUCCUUCAAUGUCUCUCCCAACUUCUUCUUCAUGCAGCGCUUCACACCAGUCAGCCCCACGAAAUCCGUGAUGCGCUACGAAGUCUACCGCCACAAGGACGCCACAGACGAAGCCUUUAACCUCAUAAGCGACAUGUACAAGCGCAUCAUGUCCGAGGACAAGGUGCUCUGCAUGCUCUCGCAGAGAAACCUCAACGGUGGCGUCUUCGUCAACGGCCAGCUUCACCCCGAGAUGGAGUCCGGCCCUCUUCACUUCCAGAAGACCGUCCGAGAUGUUGUCGUCGAGCACCACGGGAAGGAAGAGGCUGCCGGCCACAAGAUCUGGCCUGCUCACCGCCGCGCCAUUGAAGCUCCUGUUAUCGAUGAGAAGGCUACUUCGACUGUUGAGGAAGUCGCUGUCGAUGACUACACAUUCCGCACUGGAGGAGACACAUACGCUGAGGCGGACUACUCCAUGAACAGCGGGUUCGCACCAGCUAUCGCUGUCUAG